AUGUCUUCUCUGGGUGUCCAGUUCUUUACUUCCCGCGCCAGUGGCACUCUGACUCCACUGGUCGCUGUUGACGAGCUUCCAGCUCACGUCUCCAUUCGCGGUGUCCCUCGCACUUUGAACGCGAGCGAGACCCAGGGCAUGACCAGCUGCGGCCUGGCUGUCCAGCGCGCUGAGCCUUGGACAAUUGACGGCCUCUCUACUGCGCUCCCUGUUGUCAAAAACAAAGAGGCACUCGCUGGGCUGAAGGAUCUUUUGACCCAAAUUGUGAAUGACGAGUCUGUCUGUGCCACACUUCGUCUGUCUGUUCAGGCUGUUUUGUACAAAGGUCUUGCUGAGGUCGAGAGUGCUCCCACUCCCACCAGCACCACGAUGUCUCCCCUCGCACCCGCUUUCCAUGCCAACAACGCCCAGCCUGCCAGAAACAACGUCCUUCAUCCCAAGAAGGAAUACUGCUCGUACUGGAUCCGUCACGGCGAAUGUGACUACUCUCAGCAGGGCUGCCUCUACAAGCAUGAGAUGCCCCUUGACUCUGACCUGCUGGACAAGCUAGGCUUGCGUGAUAUUCCCCGCUGGUACCGCGACAAGUUUGGGGUUGAAAGCCUGAUUCACCCUGUCCAGCAGCAACGUGCUACUCCCCGGCUGGCUAUCACUGAGCACCCUCAACCUGCCUCUCCAGCUGUUCAGUACGCUAGCUCUACCAGCCUCGAGCUCCAGAGUUCGGCUCCUCAGGCCAAGCAACGUUCUCCUGCUCGCGGCCCUCAGAACCAUGGUAACAACGGCGGCCCUUCCCACUCCCGUGGAUCUCGCAACCAGGGAUGGAAAGGCCGUCAGGCUAAGGCCAAGAACGUCAACCCGUCUCCCGUCAACAACGAGCCCAAUGCAAGCUUCCAGUCUUCUAAUUACGAGAGCGUCUCCGCUCCUGACAACCACGCUGCCUUCGCUGGAUACGCUGGCUUUGCCCAGGGCCGCGCUUUUGGACCUGCAAUGGCCCCCAUUACCGCCCCGGCUCCUUUUGCCAUGCCCGCUCUUAUCAAUACCAGCACCAAUCUUAUGGACACCGGUAGCUCCCACCGUAUCCCGACUGUGAAUGCCGAUAACCUGACUGUGGAUGCAGACCCCUUCGAGCAUGGAUUCGCUGAGUCCUCUACCACCGUGGACAAGACUCACCUGAAGUCUAAGUCCCGCCGUAUGUAUGAGACCCACAAAUCUAACAACAACUCCUCCAUCGACGGUGGCGUCAAGCUCCCUUCUGACCUGUUCCAUGAAUAUGGCGCGUUCUCUGCUCUUGCCAACUUGGACGAAAAUGCCAACAAGUCGGGCCGCGGUACCGAUGAAUCGUCCAUGAGCAACCAGGCUACCCGAGCUUCUUCCAAGUCUCCUCUGAGUGACAUCGUCUCUGAGAGCGACCCUCUUGAGGAGAAUGACGUUCGCGACGCUUGGGGCCCUGUUGGAAGCCCUGUUAACCAGUCCACUGGUCGUAUCCCCGAUAUUCACCAGCAUCAGCGCACUGCCACCGCCAUCCGCGGAUUCCCUAACACCUUCAACAUCUCACACACCCACUGA